AUGUCGACGAAUAAAAAGCAGCCCACUGCAAAGCGAACACCCUCAAUCUUAGUCACAGAUGUUAGAAAUGCACCCAAUGGUGGCAGGCCGGCCCCCUUUGUUGCGAGAUCGGGCAAUGCGGGAUAUAGUGGUGGAUUUUCUGCCAAUGGGUAUAGAAACUCUCGCAUGAGGGGCGACCAUGGCCCAAGGCCCCAAUUUGAAGACAUCUCUAUUGAUAAUAUCUUAUCAGAUGUUGGAGAUAUUCCAUCUGGGCACAAGAGAUCAAUACCAAAGUUCAUGGGCGUUGGGACUGGAACAGGCUCAUUCAGACGGGCUACAAGUUAUGGAGCCACUGCUGGGAGCUCUGCUGCCAGUAGGUUCGCUUCUCCAGGAAGCCCUGUUGCUGUUGUCGCUGGUGGCCCUGGUAGCAUCUACAGCGACGCCGGAGGAGAUACUGCUGGGCAACCGAGACAUGGACCAUAUCCCACCAGCUCUUCAAGUGUAGUAUACAACUAUGGUUCGGGAAGGAGAUUUAAUAGUGCUGCAGGAGGAGGCGGUCGUAGUAAUAGCGGUACUUCCGGCAGGAAAUCUGGUCCUCCGCCGAGAUUGUCUCAAAACAUCCCUAGUAGAACCACCAAACUUUCACAAAAAUUGGUUCUCAUUCCUGAGGAUGAGGUCAGUAACCGUGGAUUUCACUUCGAAGAUGCUGACAAUGAAGAUCUUGAACCACCCCCCGCACCAUAUGCACAUAUGUCGGGUGAUGAAUUCGAGUCUGACCGUCCUCAGCGUUCAUAUGCUGAGAGACUACCUCGAGAUAGAAGAACAGAUAAAUUUCCUCGAGUCACUGCCUACUGCAUUGCUGAUGGCAUGAGAUUACAAGCUAUCAGUGACUUCUUGCGGGAAAACCACAAAAUCAGACCAAGAAUUUAUGACGAGGCUCUCUUCGCUCCAUAUUAUCUUCCCUUGUUGCCGGGUGAUGGUGAAGGGUCCAGGGUGAAGAGUAGUCCUGGAGGCAUCAUGAUGCUCGAACAACUUAUAGACCAAUCUGAGCAAGUCGAUCACCAUUUUGAAUAUUUUUCAGGGGGGGAAGGUCCAACUGGUAAAGAUAAUUCUGACCGUAGUGAUGAACUUGGGCAUGGAGGACACCCUCAUAACAACGGAGAUGAUGAAAAUAAUGACCAGGAACAGACUGACACGAGUACUCCUCGUAUUGAUAUUUCCAAUGCUAAUUCCAAAUCCUCCUCUAGCAUAAAUCGACUGCACCAUCUGCGACAAGAAAACGAAGAUUUUUGGCAGGAAAAUAGUCCCGAUUUCGACCCCUCGGAACCUCAGGAUUUUUCUCCACGCGACCAGUCUUACAUGCCAGCCGCGAUAUCCCCUACAACGUUAGGACCUACAAGACUCUCGCCCAGUGACAAGAAACCUACCACUAAUCUUGAUAAUGAUUUAAUUGAUUUAAAAGAUCAUGACAUGAGAAAAUUGCCGGCCGCAUCGAACCGUGACGACACGUCUAAUGGAGCUUACACUGCUGCUACUACUACUACCCCUCAAGGCGGGGUUGAGAAUGAGAGUUCGGUCGAAUCCUCCAAACUGCCAUCUGGGGCCAAGACAGCAGGAAAACAGGAAGAAGAUUUAGUUUCUUCAGGACAUCACACGGUGUCACCACGCCCUAAACAGCGGCAUCUGCCUACCGAUGACCUCAAGCAUGCAGAGAUUUUUAUAUUUUCUUAUGGUGUCGUAGUGUUCUGGAACUUCACUGAAAAUCAGGAAAAGGCUGUUCUUGCUGACCUCAUGUAUGGUAAGAAUGGCACCAAGUCACUUGCAGUUAGAGCCAUUAGUGACUCAGAUAUUGAAACCGAGGAAAUGCACUUCACAUACUCGCCAAAUACUGUCAAACCUCGAAUCUACAAUGAUAUGAUCACGCUAAGAUCGGGAGACCAUAUGAUCAAAUUGGCCAUGUCACAUGCAAUUGCUCAGUCCACGAAACUAAGUAGAUUCGAAGCUCGCAUGGACGUAAACAUGCAUGAUGUUAAGCACGUCCCUCGUAUGCUGGCAUUGACAGGUAAAUUGGGUAUGAAACGUGAAGAAGUUUUGAAAAUAUCUGGUAAGCUCUUCAAGUUGCGGGUUGAUGUUAACCUUAGUUCUAACGUGCUGGAUACCCCAGAAUUUUUCUGGGAGUCUGAGCCAUCACUUAAUCCACUUUACACAGCCAUCCGGGAGUAUCUUGAGAUUGAACAACGCAUUCUCGUUCUUAAUGAACGUUGUAAAGUAUUCCUCGAACUAGCUAAUAUAAUUGCUGAUUCGAUUGCCGAAGCAAAUAUGUCACAUAUUACAUGGGUCAUUAUUAUUCUCAUUAUUCUCUCACUUGGCGUUUCUUCUGUAAGUAUAGCAUUUGAAGUCUACAGUGGAGAAUCCAAUACUAACAACUUAUACAGCUGGAAAUUGUCCUACGUUUUGCAUUAUUCCAUAAACGACAAUAAUCCAUGUUAA